AUGGAACAGGCGAAUGCAUCAUCUGGAAUUGCAGUGGGUGAUGAAUGCAAAAUGAAGUUUUUGGAGUUAAAAGCAAAGAGAAAUUACAGAUUCAUUGUUUUCAAAAUAGAAGAAACGAGUUACCAGGUUGUGGUUGAGAAGCUUGGUCAACCCAACGAAAAAUAUGAUGAUUUAGUUGCCUGUUUGCCCCCUAAUGAGUGUCGUUAUGCUGUUUUUGAUCUUGAUUUCACCACUAAUGAAAAUUGCCAGAAGAGCAAAAUUGUCUUCAUUGCAUGGGCCCCGGAUUCAUCAAGAGUUAGAAGCAAAAUGGUAUAUGCCAGCUCCAAAGAUAGGUUCAGGAAAGAGUUAGACGGUGUUCAAGUUGAAUUGCAGGCUACUGAUCUGAGUGAAAUGAGCUACGACAUUGUCAAAGAACGAGCUAUUAGCUAG